AUGGCACCCUCAAAAUUGCAACGAUCCGACUCGGAGACCUCUUCAAUAGCCGACACGCCCAUGACCGGCGCUCAUGAGUAUCUGAAUCCGCGCCGACCGUCUUUUGGACAUCUCAAUCGACCCAUCGACGAUACGCCAGACUUCACAGAUUCAGACACGAACCCCAACACCACCGCCAGCAGUGUCGCUGGAGAUCCUCCCGCAACCGAUGGCCGGAAGAGACGAUCAGAGGCAUUUCAAUUACGAAAGAGCAUCCUGGGAAAGAAACACGGCCAACUCGAUGAAUCCAAAGAAGAUGACACUCUCCGACGAUUCAAGUAUCUUCUUGGACUGACGGACUUGUUCCGCCACUUCAUUGAGACCAAUCCCAAUCCGAAAAUCAGACAAGUCAUGGCGGAAAUUGAUCGCGAGAACACGGAAGAAGCUACCAAAGCAAAGAAGGGCGUAUCUCGCAAGGGAGGCGCAACAGCAGGGAAGGGCAGAAAGACGGAACAGGAGGAAGAUGCAGAGCUCCUGCGUGAUGAGAAGCGUGGUACGGCGUCCCAGACGGUCUUUCGAGAGUCACCUGCAUUCAUCAAGGGUGGGGAGAUGCGGGAUUAUCAAGUGGCCGGCCUCAAUUGGCUUAUUUCACUUCACGAGAACGGCAUUUCUGGCAUUCUGGCGGAUGAAAUGGGUCUGGGCAAGACCCUUCAGACCAUCUCCUUCCUCGGGUAUUUACGGCACAUCUGCGGGAUCAAAGGCCCACACCUCAUCACCGUCCCCAAAUCCACAUUGGACAACUGGGCUCGAGAAUUCAAGAAAUGGACACCCGACGUUGAUGUUCUCGUGUUGCAAGGGGCGAAAGACGAUCGCCAUGCCCUGAUCAAUGAGCGACUGAUUGACGAGAAAUUUGACGUGUGUAUCACGAGCUACGAAAUGAUCCUCCGAGAGAAGUCUCACCUGAAGAAAUUUGCCUGGGAAUACAUUAUUGUGGAUGAAGCGCACCGAAUCAAAAACGAAGAAUCCUCUCUUGCGCAAAUCAUUCGCAUGUUCAGUUCGCGGAACCGACUUCUCAUCACCGGCACUCCUCUGCAGAACAAUCUUCAUGAAUUGUGGGCUCUGCUCAACUUUCUGCUCCCGGAUGUCUUUGGAGAUGCUGAAGCAUUUGAUUCCUGGUUUUCAAGCCAAAAUGAAGACCAGGACACGGUCGUCCAACAGCUGCAUCGCGUCCUGAGACCUUUCUUGCUACGAAGAGUCAAGAGCGAUGUCGAGAAGAGCUUGUUACCAAAGAAAGAGCUUAAUCUUUAUGUGGGAAUGUCGGAGAUGCAAGUCCGUUGGUACAAGAAGAUCUUGGAGAAGGACAUCGACGCCGUGAACGGUGCGGGCGGCAAGCGAGAAUCAAAGACCAGAUUACUCAACAUUGUGAUGCAGCUUCGAAAAUGCUGCAAUCAUCCAUACUUGUUCGAAGGCGCCGAGCCGGGUCCUCCUUACACUACCGAUGAACAUCUGGUGUUCAACUCGGGAAAGAUGAUCGUCCUCGACAAGAUUUUGGCCCGAAUGAAGGAGGAGGGAAGCCGAGUUCUCAUUUUCUCGCAAAUGAGCAGAGUUUUAGAUAUUCUGGAAGACUAUUGCGUUUUCCGAGGCCAUCAAUAUUGCCGAAUCGACGGCGGGACUGCUCACGAGGAUCGAAUCGCCGCGAUCGAUGAGUACAACAAGCCAGGGUCUGAGACAUUCGUUUUUCUGCUGACCACUCGCGCGGGAGGGUUGGGAAUCAAUUUGACCACCGCCAACAUUGUUGUUCUUUAUGACAGCGAUUGGAAUCCUCAGGCAGAUCUCCAAGCCAUGGAUCGUGCCCAUCGUAUCGGUCAGACCAAACAAGUUCGAGUAUUCCGUUUCGUGACGGAGAAUGCGAUCGAGGAGAAGGUCUUAGAAAGGGCCGCUCAAAAGUUGCGGUUGGAUCAACUUGUCAUUCAACAGGGUCGCGCUCAACAACAAGUCAAGCAAGCCGCCUCCAAAGACGAAUUGUUGAAUAUGAUUCAGCAUGGGGCAGAGAAGGUCUUUGAGACUAAAGGCUCAACUGGCCCUCUCGAUGACAUCGAUGAGAUUUUACGACGAGGCGAGGCUCGAACGGCAGAAUUGAAUGCCAAAUACGAGAAACUUGGGAUCGACGACCUCCAGAAGUUCUCGUCGGAAAAUGCUUACGAGUGGAAUGGCGAAGACUUUACGAAUCGUCGGAAAGAUAUCGGCCUGAAUUGGAUUAAUCCGAGCAAGCGUGAACGUAAAGAACAAUCUUAUUCAAUGGACAAAUACUAUAAACAGGCAUUGUCAACUGGAGGCAGACCUGCGGAGACCAAGCCGAAGAUCCCUCGAGCGCCAAAGCAAGUCAACGUUCACGAUUGGCAAUUCUUUCCGCCCGGCCUCCAAGAGCUGCAGGAAAAAGAGACGGCUUACUAUCACAAGGAAAUCGGGUACAAAGUCCCUCUUGCCGAGGGCACCGAAGAAGACUUGAGCGACCGAGAGGCAGAUCAGCGACUCGGUCAGGAUGAAAUCGACAAUGCCGAGCCGCUUACUGAGGAAGAGAAACAGCGCAAGGCUGAAAUGCAGGAGCAUGGGUUUGGUCACUGGAAUCGACGAGAUUUCCAACAAUUUGUCAACGGGUCGGCUAAAUUUGGACGCACCAACUACGAAGGCAUUUCCACCGAGGUUGACAGCAAGGAUCCUGAUGAAAUCGAAGAAUAUGCACAGGUGUUUUGGAAACGUUACACAGAAAUCGCCGACUAUGACAAGUACAUCAAAACUAUUGAAGCUGGCGAAGAGAAACUUCGCAAGACUAAUCUUCAGCGAAAGAUGCUGAGGAAGAAGAUGGAGAUGUAUCGUGUUCCGUUGCAACAACUCAAGAUCAACUACACGGUAUCCACGACGAACAAGAAGGUGUACACGGAAGAAGAGGAUCGAUUCUUAUUGGUCAUGCUUGACAAACACGGCGUUGAUGGAGAGGGCUUAUAUGAAAAGAUUCGAGAUGAAAUCCGAGAAAGUCCAUUGUUCCGAUUUGAUUGGUUCUUCCUCAGCAGAACACCGGUCGAGAUCGGGAGGCGAUGCACCACCUUGCUAAAUACCGUGUCACGGGAAUUUGGAGAUCCAGAUGAGAAAAUCACCAAUGGCCACGGCCCCGGCAAAGGACGAGGACGUGAUCGAGACGAUGAUGAAGACGAAGAAAAUGAUAGCGAGGCUGCGCCUGUCAAGAAGAAGGCCAAGAACGGAAUUGUGGUACGUAUUGGACGAUAA